AUGUAUGGUAGUGUCCGAUCUAAUGGGAUACAUAAUUUGUUUACAGAUGCGCCAACGGUUAUAUCGGGCAGAGAUGCGAGUUUAAGGAUUUAGAUGGUUCCUAUUUACCCUCCAGGCAACGUGUAAUGUUGGAGACAGCAAGCAUCGCCGGCGGUGCCACGAUAGCAGUAUUCCUGGUCGUUAUCAUUUGCAUAGCGGCUUACAUCCACUGUAAGCGAAAGCAAAAGGAAUUGCGGUCGAGUAACUGCGUCGACACGGUGGAUGGUCCUGGCCGAGAUCCGGAGUUGAGGCCGUUCAGCAACCGUAGCCGCUCCCUCAUGAUCUUCAUGACCAAGAAUCCCAAUAGCUCGGCGGCUAUAGAGCAGACGAGAAUGCCCGGAUGGAACUGUCCGGAAGCGGAAUCAAUGAGAAUGGCGUCGAUCAGCGAAGGGAAGCGUUCGAAUCAAUGAUAAAAGGAUACCCGGUGCCUGAUAAUUCCACGACACGGCGAACCGAGGCGUCCCCCACAUUUCGUGGCUGGGCCCCCGUAGAGAUCACCGACACCGACACGUCGUCGACACGGAAGGGGAAAAGAAUCACUUUCACCUUCACCUCUGCUAUCUGUCUCCGUCCAUGGACCACGUUCUCGCGAUUAUUAGGCGGGCAUUUAGAGUGGAAAUACAGGCAGAGAAA